AGGCAGGGGAGCCGGAUGAUGGUGGUGUCUCCCGACUCCCUUUCCAAUGUGUGUCAAGGGAUCUGUCGAGGACGCCAGUCAGGUGGUUGCGUAAACAACACCUCCACCUCCCCCCACCCCUUUACCAUCCUCCACCCCCGUUCCAGGAGAGAGUGCUGGAGCCGGCGGAGAAGCCCCGCCUUCGACACACACACACAUACACACGCGCGCGCGCGCCGCUGCGUGUCUAUUGUGAAGCUUUGUGCGGGGGAAGCUCCGCGUUUUCUCUCCUUCGCAGUUUCUCUCUACCGGCCCCUUCUCCCCCCCCCGCCCCCACUCUCUCUCACGGAUCAUCCCUGUCUCCUUCUCCCCCCCCCCCGAAUUCUCACGAGCGCCUGUCCGCGAGGGGGGCGGCUAUUGAGAGUUCGAACUUCAAACCCAAACGGACCCGGUUGGCACGAGCCCAACAGACACAGAAAGGGGAGGGGCUGAGCGGCGGCGGCUGUGUGAAGAUGUGAAGAGAAGGACGGUGCUGCUGGCUAUUGCUGUGAGAACGGGCAGAGAGAGACGAUGUGACCAUUUCCUGGCCAGAGAUGAGACACAAGUGAUUGCAGUGUAUGCUUUCCUAUAAUGAAGCAGUACCUGUUUAUGCACAGAAGACUAUUUUGAGAGUGUAAAAUCAAACACCCCCUGGAGUGUUAUUGGUAGAAGACAACUGAAAAGCAAAAGAUUCUAAGUGAACAUCAUAUACAAUUUCUUGCUAAAAGAUUGAGGUCUGGAAGGGAGGGGUGAUUGUUCUUUCGGCUGAGGAUUACAUUAAUGAAAAUUUUGAAUUACACGUGUCUGAAAUUUGUGGACAUUGGCUGCAGCUGUGCAGGUGUGCUGUGUCAUCGAUAUCUCAGGAUGCCACUGGUAAAAAGAAACAUAGACCCUAGGUAUCUUUGUCAUACGGCACUACCACGAGGCAUCAAGAAUGAACUGGAAUGUGUUACAAAUAUUUCCUUGGCAAAUAUAAUCAGACAACUAAGCAGUCUAAGUAAAUAUGCAGAAGAUAUAUUUGGUGAGCUUUUCAACGAGGCACACAGUUUUUCUUUCCGAGUGAACUCUUUGCAAGAACGUGUGGACCGUUUAUCUAUCAGUGUUACACAGCUUGAUCCAAAAGAAGAAGAACUUUCACUGCAAGAUAUAACAAUGAGAAAAGCUUUCCGAAGUUCCACAACUCAAGAUCAGCAGCUUUUUGACCGCAAGAGUCUGCCCAUUCCUUUGCAAGAGACUUAUGACACAUGUGAACAGCCUCCUCCACUCAACAUACUUACCCCUUACAGAGAUGAUGGAAAAGAGGGUUUGAAGUUUUACACCAAUCCUUCCUAUUUCUUUGAUCUAUGGAAAGAAAAGAUGUUACAAGACACAGAAGACAAAAGAAAGGAGAAAAGAAAGCAAAAGCAGAAGAAUCUAGAUCGUCCUCAUGAACCGGAAAAAGUGCCGCGGGCUCCUCAUGACAGGCGCAGAGAGUGGCAGAAGUUAGCCCUGGGUCCAGAGCUUGCUGAAGAUGACGCCAGUCUCUUACAUAAGCACAUUGAAAUUGCUAAUGGCCCUGCGUCACAUUUUGACACGAGACCUCAGGCAUAUGUGGAACACGUGGAUGGACCCUAUUCUCUUUCUGCAUUGCCAUACAGCCAGAUGACUGAAUUGCUGAGUAGAGCAGAGGAACGUGUCUUAGUCAGGCCACAUGAGCCUCCCCCACCUCCACCAAUGCAUGGAGCAGGAGAUGUGAAACCCAUUCCGCCCUGUGUCAGCUCUACCACAGGUUUGACUGAAAAUCGUCCUCAGUCACCUGCUACUGGCAGAACACCAGUGUUUGUGAGUCCUACUCCUCCUCCACCACCACCACCCCUUCCAUCCGCCUUGUCAACUUCUUCAUUAAGAUCUGCAAUGACUUCCACUCCACCACCUCCAGUGCCGCCGCCUCCACCCCCUCCAACAGCUGUUUUGCAAGCUCCAGCUGUGCCUCCGCCCCCAGCUCCUCUCCAGAUUGCUCCUGGAGUGCUUCACCCUGCUCCUCCUCCAAUUGCACCUCCUUUGGCACAACCCUCUCCUCCCGUCACCAGAGCGGCCCAAGUCUGUGAAGCCAUUCCAGUUCCACAGGGCGAAAUGCAAGGACUUCCUCCACCACCUCCUCCUCCUCCAUUGCCACCUCCUGGCAUCCGACCCUCAUCACCUGUUACAGCACUCUCCCACACUCCCACAUCUGUUGCCCCUGGGGCUCACCUUCCAAUAAUGCCUCCAUCACCACCUUCACAAGUCACUCCUGCUCCUGAACCCAAGCGUCACCCAUCAACACUACCUGUCAUCAGCGAUGCCAGAAGUGUCCUUCUGGAAGCAAUACGAAAAGGUAUUCAGUUACGAAAAGUUGAAGAGCAACGUGAACAAGAAGCUAAACACGAGCGUGUUGAGAAUGAUGUUGCCACCAUCUUGUCUCGUCGCAUUGCUGUGGAAUACAGUGAUUCAGAAGAUGACUCAGAGUUUGAUGAAGUUGACUGGUUGGAGUAGAAUGGAUAUAUGCUACUAAACUGAAUGCUGAUGUCCAUUGUGGUGCUUGUUCUUUAAAACUGUUUGGUCAUUUCUAGUGUUUUUGUAUUUUCUUUAUAUAAUCCAUGUUUUUCUACUUUUCAGUUCACAAAAUGUUGGCACAUCUUUGAAACUAAAUGUUUUACAGUGAUACAGCUCUUUAAAAGAGUGUAAUUUUGUUCCAGUAGACCACUAAGUAUUAAGCAUGGGCAGCUGUUGGUAGAGUAGCAGAUUUAAAUUUUCUGGCAUAUCUUUAACUGUGCACUUUGUGAAUUUUAAGUUAUGAAGGCAGAAGCUUCCAGGAGAGUUGUACGUAGUAAUGAUCAUUACUACACUGUUAACAGUUUAAAAACAAAGAAGGGUGUAAUCCAUAAAGUGCUGCAAUUCCCAGGUACUUCAUAGGGAUUUGAGCAGGAGAAGAACUUGGGGGUUUGCACCCUAGUUAUUACUGCCUUGAUUAAAUCUGUACAUUACAAGGUACAUGUAGUUCUAGCAGCACUGGACACACUGAAAGAAAAACAAAUAAUGAUCUUUGGGGGUUUUAUUGUUGUUUUUAAUUAAAAAUUAUGGCCUUAUUUGAAUGUUUUAAGAUUUCCUUUACUGGUACCUAUUGUGUGAUACUAUUUUGCCUGCUUGAGAGUUUGACCCUCCUCCCCCACCUUGUGAAAUCUUCUGACUUAGCCAUUCUAUGUAACUUAUGUAACUGUUAGAAAUAACAGUUUGAUUUAAAUAAAUGGUUUGUUUUAAA